AAUCGCCAAUCUGUUAUCAUUGGUUGUUUUACAGCUGUCAAAAUGCGAUAAUGGAGUUAAGUUCUAAGUUAAAUGUGUUUAUUUUGGCCGAUUUUCACAUAACCGCGAUGGAUUAGCCACGGAAAUAUGGGUGCCAAUAUUUCCCAAUUAGAACGAGACAUAGGUUCAGAACAGUUCCCAUCAAAUGAACAUUAUUUUGGAUUAGUUAAUUUUGGUAAUACAUGUUAUAGCAACUCUGUGCUGCAGGCCUUAUAUUUCUGCAAGCCAUUUAGGGAUAAAGUAUUAGAGUACAAAGCAAAAAAUAAGAGAACUAAGGAGACCUUGCUCACAUGUCUUGCAGACUUGUUUCACAGUAUUGCGACACAGAAAAAAAAAGUAGGCAGCAUAGCACCAAAAAAAUUUAUAGCAAGGCUUCGAAAAGAAAAAGAAGAGUUUGAUAAUUAUAUGCAGCAAGAUGCACAUGAAUUUUUAAAUUUUUUAAUUAAUCAUAUUAGUGAAAUAAUCUUAGCAGAAAGGCAGCAGAAUGCAACUACAAAUAAUGUAAAAUCAAAAUCGUCAGGUGAGAAUGGCACUGUACAUACACAACCAGAACCAACAUGGGUUCAUGAAAUAUUCCAGGGUAUACUAACCAGUGAGACAAGAUGUUUGAACUGUGAAACAGUAAGCAGCAAGGAUGAAGACUUCUUUGAUCUGCAAGUAGAUAUUGAACAGAAUACAAGCAUCACUCAUUGUUUACGGUGCUUCAGCAACACAGAAACUUUAUGUAGUGACAACAAGUUUAAAUGUGAUAACUGCAGCAGUUACCAGGAGGCGCAGAAAAGAAUGCGAGUGAAGAAACUGCCAAUGAUCCUGGCGUUGCACCUGAAACGCUUCAAAUACAUGGAACAGUAUAAUAGACACAUAAAGGUGUCGCAUCGGGUUGUCUUUCCUUUAGAAUUACGUCUUUUCAACACAUCUGAUGAUGCGGUAAAUCCAGAUAGACUGUACGAUCUGGUAGCAGUUGUAAUACAUUGUGGAAGUGGACCAAAUAGAGGUCAUUAUAUUAGCAUAGUUAAAAGCCACGGAUUUUGGUUAUUAUUUGAUGAUGAUCAGGUAGAUAAAAUUGACGCUUCUACGAUUGAGGAUUUCUAUGGUUUAACAUCUGAUACCCAAAAAUCAUCAGAGACUGGUUACAUUUUAUUUUACCAGUCAAGAGAAAGUUUAUGAGCUUUACUUUCACCAGAAACUGGUGAAGGAUGUCAUUCAAGAACUGUAGGUUGCAUUUGGUGAUCAAAAAUACAAAUAAUUCAAUAUCAAUACUAUAUAGAUGCUAUACUUCUGGAAGUUUAAGAGCAUUCAUGAAACACAUUGUAAUAAAAACAAGCAAUGGUAAAUAUUUGCACCCCAUAAUCUA